GCAGCGGGCGCGGUGCAGCGGGGGUCCGGCGGUGCGGUGCGGUGCGGUGCGGUGCGGUGCGGUGCGGUGCGGUGCGGUCGCCAUGUCGGCUGUGUGGUCGCUGGGAGCGGGGCUGCUCCUGCUGUUGUUGUGGGUGCGGCACCGGGGGCUGGAGGCCGUGCUGGUGCAUCACCGUUGGGUCUUCGUCUGCUUCUUCCUGAUGCCUCUCUCCAUCCUUUUCGACGUGUACUACCAGCUCCGCGCGUGGGCCGUGCGGCGGAUGCACAGCGCUCCGCGGCUGCACGGACAGCGCGUCCGGCACAUCCAGGAGCAGGUGCGGCAGUGGAAGGAUGAAGGUGGUAGGAGAUACAUGUGCACCGGUCGGCCCGGCUGGCUGACUGUGUCACUGCGUGUUGGGAAGUAUAAGAAGACCCAUAAGAACAUCAUGAUCAACCUGAUGGAUGUUCUGGAAGUAGACAGUGAGAGACAGGUUGUUCGUGUGGAACCUUUGGUCACCAUGGGCCAGCUGACUGCACAUCUGAAUCCUAUGGGAUGGACUAUUCCUGUGGUGCCAGAGCUCGAUGACCUUACUGUAGGUGGUCUGAUCAUGGGAACGGGCAUUGAGUCUUCAUCCCAUAUCUAUGGGCUUUUCCAACAUACCUGCGUGGCCUACGAACUGGUCCUUGCUGAUGGAAGCCUUGUGAGAUGUUCACCAACUGAAAACUCAGACCUAUUUUACGCAGUGCCUUGGUCUUGUGGUACUCUGGGUUUCCUGGUUGCAGCAGAAAUAAAAAUGAUUCCUGCCAAGAAAUACAUCAAAUUACACUAUGAGCCUGUACGAGGACUGAGGAAUAUUUGUGAGAAGUUUACUGAGGAAUCUAAGAAAAAGGAGAACAGCUUUGUGGAAGGACUCGUGUAUUCUUUGGAGGAAGCUGUCAUCAUGACAGGAGUCUUGACUGAUGAAGCUGAGCCAAGCAAGAUAAACAGAAUCGGCAACUACUACAAGCCGUGGUUCUUCAAGCACGUGGAGAAGUAUUUGAAAGCCAAUAAGACUGGAAUUGAAUACAUCCCCUCAAGACAUUAUUACCACAGACACACACGCAGUAUUUUCUGGGAACUCCAGGAUAUCAUCCCUUUUGGCAAUAACCCUGUUUUCCGCUACCUCUUUGGCUGGAUGGUUCCACCCAAAAUCUCUUUGUUAAAACUCACCCAAGGAGAAGCUAUUCGAAAGCUGUAUGAGCAACAUCAUGUUGUGCAAGACAUGCUGGUCCCAAUGAAAAGCCUUGAAAAAUCCAUCCAAACCUUCCACGUUGACCUCAAUGUAUACCCUCUUUGGUUAUGUCCUUUCAUAUUGCCCAAUAAUCCUGGUAUGGUCCACCCCAAAGGGGAUGAAACAGAACUCUACGUGGAUAUUGGAGCUUAUGGAGAGCCCAAAACAAAACAAUUUGAAGCCAGGGCUUCCAUGAGGCAAAUGGAAAAGUUUGUGAGAAGCGUGCAUGGUUUCCAGAUGCUGUAUGCAGAUUGCUACAUGACCCGUGAGGAGUUCUGGGAUAUGUUUGAUGGUUCGUUGUACCACAGUCUGAGGGAGCAAAUGAAUUGCAAGGAUGCCUUUCCAGAAGUGUACGACAAAAUCUGCAAGGCUGCCAGGCACUGAGCUUGAACAGCCUAAUUAAGCAAUCAGGGAAAGAUGAAUUUACCAUAGCUAGUCAGCAUAUCCUUUCUAAAGAAAAGCUUUAUUGCUCUCCAAAUAAGCUCAUUCUUGUUGAUAUUUAAAUGAUAUGAAUUCAUGCUUUAUAAACUUAUGUUUAGUA